AUGGACACGACGAAAAGUACAGCAACUGGUGUUGAUCAGGGUGUAAUACCAGGCAAUUUUGGAAGAACAAACAUAUCAGCGGCUACGGAUCGCUACAACAUUUUUGGAAACGAUAGUUUUGGUGGUUACGGUAAAGGAACAAUCGCGCAAGUGAAGGACAUCUGGAGUUGUGACAGCAACGAUAAUCAGGUUUUAGUUCCAGACCUAGUGACACAGAGUUUUCCAGAAGAUGGGAUUUUCUCUCGCAAAGUGUUUAUUGGCGGGCUUCCUCCUGAUGUGACUGCUAAUUCAAUUUCUUUGUUCUUCGAACAGUUUGGAGCAAAUACAGUUGACUGGCCGCAUCGCAAGCGUACUGGAAGUGAUAUUCCACCAAACGGAUACGCUUUUGUGGUUUUCGUUAGCGAUCGCUCUGUCGAAUAUCUCGUUAGCCGAUGCAUUCGUAAACAGGGGAAACUCAAUAUUGUUUUGAAAAAUGGCGGGAAAGACGUCAAAAUGGUACAAGUGAGACCCUGGGCUCUUCGCGAUCAGGUGUAUCGUGUGACAGACGCACCGCUAAUAUCUGACCGAUAUUCCGUUUUCAUCGGUGGCGUACCGCGUACAACAACUGCGUCGGAACUGGCAAUGCUGCUUCAGCAAACUAGCAGACUUUGUGACGUCGUAUAUGUUUCGUUGGAAGUUGAUGCUGAAACGAAGUAUCCAAAAGGAGCAGCGCAGGUGGUUUUCGAUAGUCGUGAAUCCUAUCUUACGGCGAUUGCAAUGCGUUUGAUUACAUUAAAAACAAUUGAUCAGGUGAAGGAAAUAGAGAUAAAGCCAUAUUUGAUGGACUGUGCCCAGUGCGAGAUGUGCAAUCUGGCUGAUGCUCGAUAUUUGUGUCCAGAACUCUGCUGUCUUAUGUAUCUGUGCGAACCGUGUUGGGCUGAGGUGCAUAAACAGCGCGGCUUGCUAAAUCAUAGACCGAUGACCAAAACAAAGCCAGGAAGCCCAAUGCGAAACAUUUCGAACUGUGUCACUGCAUUUCCUUUCUUCAGUCCAGUCUUGGAUCAUCUGAAUCACAAUCACAACGGUCUUCGUUCAAGUAAUCAGCAGCAGUUAUGCCACUGCAGAGCAUGUGAAACGCUUCUACUCCAGUUUUUGCUGCAGCAGCACAUUUUGCAGACGAAUCUUCCAUCAUGUCGUUCUCCGUUCAUGUGA